CCACCCAUUAUUAAAUCCUCAUUCCUUACUUAGCCAUCCAUCUACACUUCAGAUUGCUCCCUUCCCCCGAAACCAACAGAUCGAAUCAACACAAGAAAAGUAAUUUCUUCAGAAAGGAAAGAUAAAAAAAUGGAGGCAAACAUUUUAACACCGACCCAGAAAUACGCAGGGGCGGCUCUGUUUGCGUUGGCGCUUCACCAGUCACAGAACCACCAGACAAAUCCUUCCAACCCACUCCUCUCUCUGGACAGCGAGCCCAUCGGCCACGCCGACGUCACCACCGCCAAGACCUCCACCUCCGUCUCCGAGAAACCGCAGCUGUGGAUCCAUGAGGACUCCGGCUUGCUCCUCCCUGUUUUCAGCUUUCUGGGAGUGGAGCUUCAGGCAUGGGAUGGGCUGAAGGAAACCGCCGGAUCUUCUACCCAAUUGAGGCAUCACAUUGGAUCGUACAUGAAAUUGUUGUCGGAGGAUAGGGAUGGGUCAAUGGACAGGCUGGGAAAGGAACAAGCUUUGACCAAGAACGUUGACGCCACUGUCCAAGCCAUGGACAAAUCCCCUGCCUCCACCGUAGAUACGAAGACUCAGCAGAGCAACAUCUCGCCACUGGGCGUGAUGGCAGCCGGGCCGGCAAAUACACUGGUGAAGACCGGCGUCGUGGGGGCCGAGAUGGCCAUGGACGAGGUGAAGGUAGUGAGCUACCAGAGGAAAGUUACAGUGCUCUAUGAGCUGCUCUCAGCUUGCCUUGCCGAUAGUGUUAAAGACAACGGUAAAUUCUUCAAGCAGAGAGAAGGCUAUGACGCUCGCCACAGAGCUGCUCUCAGGCUUUUGGCCUGCUGGCUUGCUAUCAAUUGGAAUGAAAUGGAAGCAAUGGAGUCGAUGGUUUCCAGCUCCCUGAUGGAGCUGCUGGCGAAGGCAAACGAAGGAGACAAGACGGUCACCGAAGGCGCGUGGGAGAAAAGCAAGCGCGUGGGGAUGGUCAGCGCAGCCGCUUUGACCGGCGGAGCGCUCAUGGCCGCCACCGGCGGCCUUGCUGCUCCAGCAAUUGCACAUGGAGUGGCUGCACUCGCCCCGGUCCUUGGAGGUGCUCUUGCUAGCACUACAGGGUCUGUUGCUGUUGCUGCUUCAUUUGGAGCUGCUGGAAUGAGCCUGACGGGGAGCAAAAUGGCAAAAAGAGUAGGAGGACUCGAGGAGUUUGACAUUGAAGCACAUGGAGACAGUGCCAAUCAAGGCCGCCUAGGAGUUGAAAUCUUUAUGAACGGGUAUGUUCUCAAUGAGAACGAUUUUAAGAAGCCAUUUGAAGGCAUUAACGACAACAUGGAGAGGUACAUCGUGCGGUGGGAGUCGAAGAACUUGAUCGAGUUUAGCACUGCUGUAGAGGACUGGCUUUCAUCGAAGGCUGCAAUGGAGAUGAUGAAACAAGGUGCAAUGUUGACUGUGUUGAGCACGUUAGUUGUGGCACUAGCUCUGCCGGCAGCCAUGCUUGGAGCUACUGAGCUCAUCGACACGAAAUGGGCAGUCGCUAUUGACAGGGCUGAUAAAGCAGGACUGAUGCUUGCUGAGGUGUUGAUGAAGGGCAUGCAUGGCAACAGGCCUGUAACACUGAUCGGCAACUCACUUGGAGCUCGAGCUAUCUUCAAGUGCCUGCAGCAUCUGGCUGCCUCACCCGGUGACAACGGUGGAUUGGUGGAAAGGGUGGUUCUACUUGGUGCACCAGUUGCCAUCCAAGGCGAAAAAUGGGCACUUGCCAGAAAGAUGGUGGCUGGAAGGUUUGUGAAUGUAUACUCAACGAAUGACUGGACGCUAGGGGUUACUUUCCGUGCAAGCCUGGCCUCCACAGGGUUGGCUGGCAUUCAGCCCAUUGAAGUUCCUGGAAUCGAGAAUAUUGAUGUAACGGAUCUGAUUCAAGGACACACCAUGUAUUUGGCGAAGACGAAAGAGAUCCUGCAGCUGGUUGAACUGGAGAGUUGCUACUCUGUUGCCAACAAGACCUGCUCCAAGCCCAAAGCCAGCUGAGAAGGAAGAAAAAAAAUUCUCCACUCUAUAUGUUUGACAACUACUUAAUGUAUACCGUCCAUCCAAGAAUUGGGUUUUGCCUCUUUAAGUAAUGAAAAGUAACCUAUAUAUUGUGUCCUAGUUUUGCCUGGUGUGAGAGUUUAUUGACAAAGAUUUUUUGUUGUUUAACAGUGGGUAGUAAAUGGUAUGGGGUAAUUAAAAGUGGUUGCAAAAACAGAAAGUUAUAUCUAUGUGUGUAUUUCUACUUUCUAGCAAGCCAGCUUGUUUGGUUCUCUAUCGGGCCUUUCCAUCAGUUGUAAUCUAACGAGUGUUUUCUACUAAUAGCUCAAACCGGAAAGCCUGAUGAAAGUGACAGAGUAGCAAUUCAAUCA